AGGACGUCCAGAAUCAAUCCCAGUCUUUGCCUUCCAAAAGCAGAAUGGAACUGACCCGGAAGCUUUUAGCCGGAUGCCUUCUCCUAACUCUAUGCGUGAUGAUCAGCUCCGGUCAACACUGGUCCUAUGGCCUUCGCCCAGGAGGGAAGAGGGAUGCUGAUAACUUGAUCGAUUCAUUCCAAGAGAUGGCCAGUGAAGUGAACCAGCCGGCAGAGCUUCAGCGUUUGGAAUGCACCGUUCACCAGCCACGUUCACCACUGAGGGAUCUGAAGGGGGCUUUGGCCAGCCUGAUUGAAGGAGAAGCUGGGAGGAAGAAGGUUUAACUCAGGUGACCAAAAGAAUUUCCCCAACGUAUAUCUUUAGUUGAAUCAGUGACCUUUUGGAUGACAAUUGUCAAAAUGUGUCGUGAUGCGUUUGGAAGCAUCUCCAAUCCAAGGCAUGAUUCUGCAUUGAAAAUAUCUUGGAAUGGAG